CCGCCCUGGCGUCUAAAUUUCAGGCACUUGAACAGCAGCAACGGCCAUUAUCAUCUGCUGUCGUCAUAGCCGCUCGUCCGGACUGAGAGAGAAGAACUGACGUCAUGGAGCAAGAUUUGCAUGUAAGGGACCGGGUCGGAGUCCAGGAUUUUGUCCUGCUGGAAGAUCACACGUCCGAGUCGGCAUUUAUAGAAAACCUGCAAAAGCGAUUCAAUGAGGGGCUUAUUUACACAUACAUUGGACCAGUUUUGGUUUCCGUUAAUCCGUACAAGAACCUCCCCAUCUACGGAUCAGACUACGUCGAAAAGUACCGCAAUGUCAAUUUCUACGAACUGCCACCUCACGUAUUCGCCCUGACGGACACUGCGCUGCGGUCUCUACGCGGUGAACUGAUUAACCAAUGCAUCCUCAUUUCAGGUGAGUCGGGAGCGGGCAAGACGGAGGCCUCGAAAAAAGUGUUGCAAUUCAUCGCCGCCACGACGCGCAAGAAGGCGAAUUUGGAGACGGUCAAAGACAAAUUGCUCCAAUCCAACCCGGUCCUGGAGGCCUUCGGUAACGCCAAAACCAAUCGCAACGAUAACUCGUCACGAUUCGGCAAAUAUAUGGACGUCGAGUUCGAUUUCACCGGCGACCCUACCGGUGGGCACAUCAUCAACUAUCUGCUGGAGAAAUCACGCGUAGUGUUCCAGGCUAAAGGCGAGCGCAACUUCCACAUCUUCUACCAACUUCUGGCCGGAGCCGAUGAUGCCCUUUUGGAGAAACUGUCACUCAAGAGGGACCCUAGUCACUACGUCUACCUUAAACAGGGCGAUAGUUCGAAGGUGAGCGGAGUCGACGACGCCGAGGGCUUCAAAACUGUCAGGGAGGCUCUGAAAGUCAUGGAAAUCGGAGAUGAAGAGCAACAGGCCCUUUACCUUCUCUUGUCCGUCAUCAUCCACCUGGGAAACAUCGAGUUCUCCAGCGGAGACGGCGGCAGGGCUAGAAUCACCAACCCAGACUUGGUUUCUACCAUCGCCAAGUUACUUCAAUGCCCCGAAGAGAAACUGGUGAAAGCCUUGCUGAAUAAGACGAUUGAAGCUCGGGAUGAUGUUGUGGUUUCACCGAUGGCCCGCGACGAAGCCGUCAAAGCCCGCGACGCCCUAUCCAAAUCCGUCUACGAGCGCAUGUUCACUUGGCUGGUCCAGCGGCUCAAUCGAUCCCUCCAAUCGUCCUGGGAGGUCAAGAAGAAAUACGUGCUCGGCAUUUUAGACAUUUACGGCUUUGAGAUCUUUCAGUCCAACAGUUUCGAGCAGCUUUGCAUCAAUUACUGCAACGAAAAGCUUCAGCAGCUCUUUAUCGAGCUGACGCUCAAAUCUGAACAGGACGAAUAUCGCCGCGAGGGCAUCGCCUGGGAACCCGUUACCUAUUUCGAUAACAAGAUCAUCUGUGACCUUAUUGAAGAAAAACACAAGGGUAUUAUUUCCAUCAUGGACGAGGAAUGUCUAGUGCCCGGGGAGACGAAUGACAAAACAUUCCUCAACAAGAUGGACAAGCUGCUGAGCGACCACCCGCAUUACCUGAGCCAUGCCAAAGGUGACAACAAAAUGAAGAAAACCAUCGAACGCGAAGAAUUCCGUCUGCUCCACUACGCCGGCGAGGUCACCUACAACGUCAAAGGUUUUUUGGAGAAAAACAACGAUCUGUUGUAUCGUGACUUGAAGGACGCCAUGAUUUCAUCUUCCAACCUUAUCACGAAAGAUGUUUUCACGUCAAGCGAACUGAGUAGCAGGAAACGUCUGGAUACAGCCGCUUCACAAUUCAAGACCAGUUUGGCCCGGCUAGUCGAAAUUUUGAUAAUACUAGAAUGA